AUGACUAAAGCAAAUCCUCAAUAUGAAAUGAGGACUGGAGCAAAUUCUCAAUAUGAAAUGAUGACUAGAGCAAAUCCUCAAUAUGAAAUGAUGACUAGAGCAAAUCCUCAAUAUGAAAUGAUGACUAGAGCAAAUCCUCAAUAUGAAAUGAUGACUAAAGCAAAUCCUCAAUAUGAAAUGGGGACUAGACCAAAACCUCAAUAUGAAAUGGGGACUGUAGCAAAUCCUUAA